CCUGCACUCACCAUCUGUUCAUACCCCAACCACUCCCACCACCACCUCUCACACCACCAUGGGUUUCUUCCACCACGACUCCGACGAGGCUCAGGCCUACGAGCAGGUCACGAACGCCCCCCACAAGGCUGAGCUCUCCCACGAGCUGAUCGCCGCUGCCGCCUCCUACGAGGCCGCCAAGGCUUACGAGCGGCACUGCGAGAGCGAGGGCAAGCCCCCCAGCCACGAGAAGGCCAAGGAGAUCAUGGCCGGCUUCGCUGGUGCCUUCAUCGACCGCAUGGUCGAGACCAAGGGCCUCGACUUCAUCGACACCGAGAAGGCCAAGCGCCAGUCCAGCCAGCGCGUCGACGACGUCGUCAGCGCCGACAACUACUAAGCGAUGAGCGCGUUGUAAAGCAGAAACGGAUGUAUGUAAACUAGCCGUUGGCAGAACAUUGAUAUAUCAGUCGCUGUUGGUGUACUCUUGAUAUCGG